AUGUCAAACGCAACGACUCUGGUGUCGGGCUUUCCAUUCUCCUUCCUCGUGCCUCAGGCAAAUGUUUCCUACUACACGGUGCCCCUUGCCUGGCUACUGAGCUUCUCUCCGCACGUCUACGCCGUCGUACGCUACAACACUCACGACCAGCCUUCUGGGUCCGAGGCCCCAAAGUUCAAUACCGCGUCGCCCCGAACCUUCCUCACUACGCUCCAGUCGCACCCGCACUUGUCCCAAGAGACCAAGGACCGCAUCUUCCGCGCCGAGGCGGCAUCUCUUAAUGGCUUCGAGAAUCUGGGCUGGUUUGCAGCUGGCGUCGUGGCGGCGAAUGGCGCAGGCGUUGACGUUGGCUGGGUCAACACGCUGAGCAUGUGGUAUCUCUCCAGCCGCGCGGUGUACAACCUCGCUUAUAUCCGUGGUGUCGAUGGGAGGCUCAGAGGGAUCUGGUUUUAUGGAAGCGUUGCGGCAACCAUCACCUUGUUCAUCAAAGCUGGUAAUGCCGUCAGGAGGGUGGCUAUGUGA